CCUCCCUCUCUCUCCCUCCCUGCGAGCCGCCGUUCACUUACCGCCUCCCUUCCUUCUUGCUCCCUCCGCCACCCGAGCACCAGCCGCGCUCUGAGCUGCCCCUGGGGUCCCUCCCCCGCCGUCAGAGAAGCAGCUGCCGCCGCCCGCCAGCAGCAAAUUAGGAGGCAGGAAGGAAGGAAAGGAGGAAGGAGGCGAGCUGGAGCGACUACUAAGAGGGAGCCGGUGAAUGGGCUUGUGGUGACCCCCGCCCCCCACCCCACCCUCCCUUCCCACCCGACCCCCCAACCCCCAUCCCCAGUUAGAACCGCCGCCCGAGAGGCCGGACCGUCGUCUUAAGGAGGAGUCUCCGCCACCACCUCCGCCAUGGAGCUGAUCACCAUCCUCGAGAAGACCGUGUCUCCCGAUCGGCUGGAACUGGAAGCGGCGCAGAAGUUCCUGGAGCGUGCAGCCGUGGAGAACCUGCCCACUUUCCUUGUGGAACUGUCCAGAGUGCUGGCAAAUCCAGGAAACAGUCAGGUUGCCAGAGUUGCAGCUGGCCUACAAAUCAAGAACUCUUUAACAUCUAAAGAUCCAGAUAUCAAGGCUCAGUAUCAACAGAGGUGGCUUGCUAUUGAUGCUAAUGCUCGACGGGAAGUCAAGAAUUAUGUUUUGCAGACUUUGGGCACAGAAACUUACCGGCCUAGUUCUGCCUCACAGUGUGUGGCUGGUAUUGCUUGUGCAGAGAUCCCAGUGAACCAGUGGCCGGAACUCAUUCCUCAGCUGGUGGCCAAUGUCACAAACCCCAACAGCACAGAGCACAUGAAAGAGUCAACAUUGGAGGCUAUUGGUUACAUUUGCCAAGAUAUAGACCCAGAGCAGCUACAGGAUAAAUCCAAUGAGAUUCUGACUGCCAUAAUCCAGGGGAUGAGGAAAGAAGAGCCUAGUAACAAUGUGAAGCUGGCGGCUACUAAUGCACUCCUGAACUCACUGGAGUUCACCAAAGCAAACUUUGACAAAGAGUCCGAAAGGCACUUUAUUAUGCAGGUGGUCUGUGAAGCCACACAGUGUCCAGAUACAAGGGUACGAGUGGCUGCCUUACAGAAUCUGGUGAAGAUAAUGUCCUUGUAUUAUCAGUACAUGGAGACAUAUAUGGGUCCUGCUCUUUUUGCAAUCACAAUUGAAGCAAUGAAAAGUGACAUUGAUGAGGUGGCCCUGCAGGGGAUAGAAUUCUGGUCCAAUGUCUGUGAUGAGGAAAUGGAUUUGGCCAUUGAGGCUUCAGAGGCAGCAGAACAAGGACGGCCCCCUGAGCACACCAGCAAGUUUUAUGCCAAGGGAGCACUGCAAUACCUGGUUCCAAUCCUCACACAGACACUAACUAAACAGGAUGAAAAUGAUGAUGAUGAUGACUGGAACCCCUGCAAAGCAGCAGGGGUAUGCCUCAUGCUUCUGGCCACCUGCUGUGAAGAUGACAUUGUCCCACACGUCCUCCCCUUCAUUAAAGAACACAUCAAGAACCCUGAUUGGCGGUACCGGGAUGCGGCUGUGCUGGCUUUCGGCUCUAUCUUGGAAGGACCAGAGCCCAAUCAGCUCAAACCACUAGUUAUACAGGCUAUGCCCACCUUAGUAGAAUUAAUGAAAGACCCCAGUGUAGUUGUUCGAGAUACAACUGCGUGGACUGUGGGCAGAAUCUGUGAACUGCUCCCUGAAGCUGCCAUCAAUGAUGUCUACUUGACUCCCCUGCUGCAGUGUCUGAUUGAGGGCCUCAGUGCUGAACCCAGAGUGGCUUCAAAUGUGUGCUGGGCUUUCUCCAGUCUGGCUGAAGCUGCUUACGAAGCUGCAGACGUAGCUGAUGAUCAGGAAGAACCAGCUACCUAUUGCUUAUCAUCUUCUUUUGAACUCAUAGUUCAGAAGCUCCUGGAGACCACAGACAGACCUGAUGGACACCAGAACAACCUGAGGAGUUCUGCAUAUGAAUCUCUAAUGGAAAUUGUGAAAAACAGUGCCAAGGAUUGUUAUCCUGCAGUUCAGAAAACGACUCUGGUCAUCAUGGAACGACUGCAGCAGGUGCUGCAGAUGGAGUCUCACAUCCAGAGCACAUCAGAUAGGAUCCAGUUCAACGACCUUCAGUCUUUACUUUGCGCAACUCUUCAGAAUGUUCUCCGGAAAGUGCAACAUCAAGAUGCUUUGCAGAUUUCUGAUGUGGUCAUGGCCUCCCUGUUAAGGAUGUUCCAAAGCACAGCUGGGUCUGGAGGAGUGCAAGAGGAUGCCCUCAUGGCAGUUAGCACACUGGUGGAAGUGUUGGGUGGUGAAUUCCUAAAGUAUAUGGAGGCCUUUAAACCCUUUCUGGGCAUUGGAUUGAAAAAUUAUGCUGAGUACCAGGUUUGUUUGGCAGCUGUGGGCUUAGUUGGAGACUUAUGCCGUGCCCUGCAAUCUAACAUCUUACCUUUCUGUGAUGAGGUGAUGCAGCUCCUACUGGAGAACUUGGGGAAUGAAAAUGUCCACAGGUCUGUGAAGCCGCAGAUUCUGUCAGUGUUUGGUGACAUUGCCCUUGCUAUUGGUGGAGAGUUUAAAAAAUACCUAGAAGUUGUAUUGAAUACACUUCAGCAGGCCUCCCAGGCCCAGGUGGACAAGUCGGACUAUGACAUGGUGGAUUAUCUGAACGAGCUUCGGGAAGGCUGCUUGGAAGCCUAUACUGGAAUUGUCCAGGGAUUGAAGGGAGACCAGGAGAACGUACACCCGGAUGUGAUGCUGGUACAACCCAGAGUAGAAUUUAUUCUGUCUUUCAUUGACCACAUUGCUGGAGAUGAGGAUCAUACAGAUGGAGUAGUAGCUUGUGCUGCUGGACUGAUAGGGGACUUGUGUACAGCAUUUGGGAAGGAUGUACUGAAAUUAGUAGAAGCUAGGCCAAUGAUCCAUGAACUGUUAACUGAAGGACGGAGAUCGAAGACUAACAAAGCAAAAACCCUUGCUACAUGGGCAACAAAAGAACUGAGGAAACUGAAGAACCAAGCUUGAUCUGUUACCAUUGGGAUGAUAACCUGAGACCCCCACUGGAAAUCUCCAAUCUUUUGAAAAACCCGGAAGUGAGGAGUGUGCACGGAUGCUGAAUGUUUGGGAAUGAGAGGAUGAGUGAGUGAGGCUUGAAAACACACCACAUUGAAAAUCCUGCCACAGCAGCAGCUGCAGCGCCAACAGCACUGCUGUUAGUGAGCUAAGUAAGCACUGACUUCGUAGAAAACCAUAACGUCGGCCAUCUUGGAAAAGAGAAAAAUGGUGGAUUUACUUGCUUAAAAAAAGAAAGCUAUCUCUUCCCAGGAGAGGCUAGAACUAGCUUUUCUGUCUUUUGGCCGGUGCAGAGUGGAAUGUCUAGUUUGGUAGAGGAGGAGGGACUGGGUUCAGCUGUGGUGCUUUGUUGUAAAAGGCAGCCUGGCCUUUGCUACUGAUGAGAAAGUUGGAGCCUGGGUCUCAAGCCCACCUUUGGUGUACCUUUACCACACGGUACUGUAUGCGUGCCGGCUAGAAGGAGGGUGAGGGAUUCCUUACAGUCUGAGAAUGAAUGUGUGUGAGUGAGGCGGUAUCCACAUUCUCAACUUCAAGUCAUUGCAGUUUCUUUUUCCCAGAAAAAAAGGGGUUAGACAUUGCAUUUCAUAAAACUAACUGAAGUUCUGUCUACUGAUGCAGCACAAGAGUUGUAAGAAGAAAAAAAAAAGGAAAGACGCUCUUUAGGUUUUGUUUUUUGGGGUUUUUUUCUUUUUCUUUUUUUUUUUUUUUUCUUUUUUUUAAUUCUAGGGAAAACACUGACGAAUGGUCAGAGCUCCCAUCCUGAUCUUUUCAUCAAGGCGCCUUUCCUCAUAAUAUGGUUCAACUGUGAAUGUAGAAGUGGGGGGGAGGGGGGAGAAAAAGAAAACUCUGGAGUUAGAGGAUAUAGAAAAAAUAAAAAUACAAUUGUUACAAAUAAAGAAUGCAGACUUCAAAAACAAAGAAAGCCACAGCCCAAACAAACCAAAAUUUUAAAUGCUCAGAAUUGGCAGCACAAAAGAAAAGUUCUCUCCUGACAUGUAUCGUGGCAGUCUGAACGCCCCCAGAAAAUUGUGCCAAAGAGUUUAGGAAACAAACAUACAAUAAAAAGUAAACAGACACACAAACAACAAACUUCAGGUAACUAUUUUGGAUUGCAAACAAGGAUAAAUUUAAUGUUUAAACAAUCUGAUAAAAAUAACCAUUUGGAAACUGCUUGGCCUUCUGUUCUCUUUUAUUUGAUUGAUUACAAUGCGGUAAUGGUCUCUUGCUGCACCUCAAAACCAACUAAUCAAAUCAAAAAGAAAAGAAUAUGUAUGUGUGUAUAUAUAUACAUUUAUAUACACACAUAUAUAUAUGCUAGAACUCUUGUGAUGAAAAUGGCACUUGAAAAAGGUUAUAUUUUUCCACUGAAGUUGAAGAUUAAUAAAAUGGUGUCAAAACAUUCCCCCAGUCACACGCUUUAAUAUAUUUUUUUAAAGUGUGAUGUGCUGUGAUAACAAUAAAUCAGACUUAAUUAUUUUCCCUUUUACAAGGGAAUAGGGCACUCUGAAUUUUGGUUUUAGAAUCUUUCAGCAAUAAGGAGGGAUGUUGGUGAGCUUUGUUCCCCUUUUGGUUUUGCAGUUACUAGGAGUUUGCUGGCAUUUUGAAUAUGCUGCUUUCAAAAGCACCAAGGAAGAUUUUAAAUUGCUUCCUGGUAUUUGGAGGUUUAAAAAACAAGACCUUAAAUUCCCAUUUUCAUUUCCAUUCUAGCAAAAAAAAAUGGGCUUACAUUUUUCUCCUUGCCAACUCCCUGUUCAAGCCUUCCAUUCAUAAAUGGGAUUGGCUCAGUUUUGCCCAUCCAUAUGGCAGCAUCUCUAAUAGCUCUUGUACAGGGUAUCAGAUAUUGUGCCUUUUGGUGCCAGGUUCAAAGUCAAGUGCCGAUCUAUGAACCAGUGUACAAAAAAAAAAAAAAAAAAUCCAGGUGUUUGAAGGAAAGACGCUCCAUUGUGAAUAAAAAGCUCACACCAGCUCCUAAGCCCUGUGAAGAAACCCGGCCCUGUAAUGCCUUGUGUUUAAAUUUUGGUUGUUCAUUGAGGGAGAGGUUGAUACACGAACCAUUCCUGAUAGGGGUUGGACAGGGCUUACGGAGGGGGCAGGAAUAUUGGGGAGAAAAAAAAUCUGAUCAUUCCUCAGUGCUACCCAUUUCUGUCCUGUGUGGGCUGCUUAGCUAGACAGCAGGAGAAUAAAGUACACCGAGAACCAUAAUGCAAACAAAACCUUCCGUGUGUUUUGUCAUGUUUUGUUCCAGGGAAGCAGUUGACAAGUGCUGUUAUUAAUGCUUUCUCCCAGAUCCAUUCAGUGAUGGAGAGGAGGAGAAUGGGCUGGUUGGAUUGUGGUCUUGGUGCCUCACAAUUACUCUGCACUGGUUAUGCAUUUAUUAUCCUCCUCUUUUUCUAGUUACCUUUGACUAGUGGGUCUUUCCACUGGGUAUUUGUCCUUAAUCAUUUGUACCACCUAAGGAAACCAGAUGCAAAAUGCAUUCUGUCCACUCACUGGGCCUUCCUUUCCCUAGUCUUGGCACAUUCCUUCAAGAAUGUAGUUACCAUCUGGGAAGAUGUCAGUGCAAAUGUGAAGAAAAUCGGCAUCGGACUAGGCUUUGGUUUGCCACAAGUGGCAGCUGCCUUUAUCAGUUACACUUAAUUUUGCUUUUCAUUUUCCCAGUUCCCCUCAGUUCCCCUCUGAAAUGGUGAGAUUUUGGCUGUCAGAGGCAACUAUAACAUUGCCUUAGGGACUUGUGAAGGAGGGGAAUUGCUCAGUGUAGUGUUUUCAUUUUCAGAACCAAGUAAUCUAGUCACUCAUAUUUAAGAAAUGUGUUAGUCUGACUUUAAGAGAAAUCCAGACUCCAUCAGCUUUUGAUAGCAUCUUGGUUUCUGAAACAACUUCAGUUUGUAAUUGGCAUUCAGAAUGCCCUUGGCAUGCCAGUCUGUGAUGGCAGUGAAAGACCUGUUCAAACACUUGAGCCCGACUUUAUUAACCAAAACUGAUACCACCACCUUUAUCUUCUAAAUAAAGUCCGCUUUAUUUUUAUUUUCAA